CUGGAAUCCGGUGGGCGGCUCAUCCCUGGAAGUUGAUUUCUGUCUCCGUGGAAACCCGUCCCGGAAGCGGAGUGUGAAGUGUUCAGGUCUGGUGCGGCGAAAUGGUCCGUUUACAUGUAAAACGGGGCGAUGAAAGCCAAUUCCUUUUUGAUACAACCGUCAGUGUCUCUGUGGAUGAUCUGGUCAAACAGGUAACAGCUAUUUACAACGGAAGGCUAAAAGUGGACAGACUAUGUUCAGAGAUGGGAGAGCUGUCGGAGCACGGCAUUACUCUGCCCCCAAAUAUGCAGGGGCUGACUGACGAGCAGAUCGCAGACCUAAAACUUAAAGACGAGUGGGAAGAAAAAUGCGUGCCUAGUGGGGGAAGUGUGUUUAAGAAGGAUGAGAUUGGAAGACGAAAUGGACACGCACCAAAUGACAAUAUGAAGAAGGUGUUACAGAAAACCAUUGAAGAGGCAAAGGCCUUGGUGUCUAAGAAACAAGCUGAAGCUAAUGUGUGCGUGACAAUGGAAAUGGUGAAAGAUGCUCUGGACCAGCUCCGAGGGGCGGUAAUGAUUGUUUAUCCCAUGGGGCUGCCUCCACAUGACCCCAUCCGAACAGAGUUUGAGAAUACCGAGGACCUUUCUGGAACUCAGGCCAGCCAACUAGUUAUCGAAGAACCUGCCGCUCAGUUAUGGUGGGCUGGUAAAGAGCUGCAAAGGAAUAAGAAGCUUUUGGACUUUGUGGGGAAGAAUGAGAAAACCAAAAUUAUUGUUAAGAUACAAAAGAGAGGUCAAGGGGCCCCGGCGCGUGAACCGGUUGUCUCAGAAGAAGAGCAAAAGAAAUUAAUGUUGUAUUACCAUAGACGACAGGAGGAACUUAAGAAACUUGAAGAGGAUGAAGACAUCUCAUAUCUGAAUUCCGAUUGGGCAGAUAAUCACUCUUUAAAGAGGCAGUUUCAAGGAGUAAAGGACAUUAAGUGGAGACCACGAUAAGGCAUCAAGAUGCGUUAUCCCCUCCUGUGCCCUGUUCUGCCUGUUAAUACCCCUUUGUGUUCUGUGCAUUGUAGCAAUAAAUUAACGCUUAAAUUCCUGUUUCUAA